CUGUGCAUGCACGAGUGCGGCAGAUACGUGAGCGCGCACAUGCUGAGCUGUAGCAGAGAGAGACUACUACACUCACUGCCCGCCCCGCUCUUUCUACAGCAGGCGGCCGUGCUGGGAAGAAGUUCAGAGGCAGACCGUGCGUCGCAUGAUCAGUUCACAGCUCGUGUGCGGGUGCGUGCGUGCGUGCGCAGCAGAAGGGAGAGUGAGUGAGUACCGCACAGCUGUAUGCGUUCGUUGUCGGUGUGAAAAGCGAAGGUGUGCUCAUCAGUGCAUGAGCGGGGUGACUAGCCGCUCGUCAGCUGCUACUGCCGCCGGCCAUAGACACGCUGCUGGCAUCCCCCGUGGCUCGCUCGGCCAUCACGUGGCUGACGGACAUCACAGCCGAAGCAACAACAACACCUUUGCAUGCCUUAUAAGGUACCGUGACGUUUUGAGUGAAAAAUAACACCAGCGUGCGACGAGAGCCUUGGCUGUACGGUGGUGACUUAGGGCUACAUCGGAUAACUUGAAAGCUGAAUACAGCUGAUUUGGAUUGAGACAGACCGUUAUAUAAAAAAUUGGAAAGAAGAACAGCCAGGAAAGCUGGAAGAUGUGCCAAAAUCACUACUGAUCACUGCACGAUGAAUGAGACUGAGUUGCUGUAGGCCAUGUCCAUGCUGAGCUGACCAAUGCUUGACGUCAUAGCACUUCUGUUGAAGGCUGGGAAGACAUGAGCUUCAGUAGUGACGAAGUCAACUUUCUAGUCUACAGAUAUCUGCAAGAGUCUGGUUUCCUUCACUCGGCGUACACGUUUGGCGUUGAGAGCCACAUCAGCCAGUCGAACAUCAAUGGUGCCCUCGUGCCACCUGCGUCACUGCUCAGCAUCAUUCAGAAAGGUCUGCAGUACACGGAGGCAGAGAUCAGUAUAUCGGAGGAUGGCACAGAGCAAGCGAUCGAGUCGUUGUCCUUGAUCGAUGCCGUGAUGCCUGACGUCAUAGCGUCCAGACAGCAAGACAUCGUCAAGGUGCCCCUGGUCAAAACUGAGGCACUGAACACGAAUGGCGAAGACCAUGUUCUAACAAAUCAUGUUGAGUCUAUGGAGAUUGACGACUCGCUGGAAAUACCCGCUAAUAAAGUUAAAGUACUCCGUGGUCAUGAAUCCGAAGUAUUCAUCUGUGCGUGGAAUCCCAAAAUUGAUCUUCUUGCGUCAGGUUCAGGGGAUUCGACAGCUAGAAUAUGGAACAUGAACGGCAGCAGUAAUAGCGCGAACCAGUUGGUAUUGCAGCACUGUAUACAACGCGGUGGCACAGAAGUACCUAGUAAUAAAGACGUCACUUGCUUAGAUUGGAACUGUGAUGGCAAAUUCUUAGCAACUGGUUCAUAUGAUGGUUAUGCUAGAAUAUGGACAACAGAGGGGCGACUAUUUAGUACACUGGGGCAACACAAAGGACCAAUCUUUGCACUCAAGUGGAAUAAGGAAGGCAAUUAUAUUUUAAGCGCAGGCGUGGAUAGGACAACAAUAAUUUGGGAUGCCAGCUCAGGUCACUGUACACAACAGUUUGCCUUUCAUUCUGCCCCUGCGCUGGACGUAGACUGGCAGAGCAACAUCAGCUUUGCAUCAUGUUCAACCGACCAACGUAUACACGUGUGCAAACUCGGCGUUGACAAACCGGUGAAGACAUUCCAGGGGCACACGAACGAGGUGAAUGCGAUCAAGUGGGAUCCGCAAGGUAUCUUGUUAGCAUCUUGUUCUGACGACAUGACAUUGAAGAUUUGGAGCCAGAAGCAUGAUUCGUGGGUACAUAACCUCCAGGCACAUUCAAAAGAAAUAUACACAAUCAAGUGGAGCCCAACUGGCCCAGGCACAAACAACCCUAAUGCCAACCUUAUUCUAGCAAGUGCUUCAUUUGACUCGAGUGUGCGGUUGUGGGAUGUUGAGCGGGGAGUAUGCAAGCACACGCUGACCAAGCAUCAAGAACCUGUUUAUAGUGUAGCAUUCAGCCCAGAUGGCAAAUACUUAGCCAGCGGCUCCUUCGACAAGUGUGUUCACAUAUGGUCUGUACAGUCGGGGUCUUUAGUCCACAGUUACAAAGGCACAGGUGGAAUAUUCGAGGUCUGUUGGAAUUCAUGGGGUGACAAAGUUGGAGCAAGUGCAUCAGACGGUUCAGUCUUCGUUCUGGAUCUCCGGAAGUGAUGCGGGGCGGCGCCACACUAGCCCAUCGCGCACGUGUGGCAGUGACCGGCGAUAAUCGGCGGGAUUCUACCCGUGGUUUUGCGGAGACGUGCCGGGCAGGUUUGCCGACGAUGUCGACGGAGGAUGUCGACGAUGACGACCGUCGAGUUGUGUCGUCGGUGAAGGUGUGUGCUUGGCUGUGAUUGUCGCGCUUCACGUCUGCGGCUUUACGGCGAACGCCGUCACCAACGGGACGUCGCCAGUGCACGUACUGCUGCCGUUGCUCCUCCACAACUCGCGUGUCUCCAUGCGAGGCAUGGACUGAGCAAGCUCACUGCCUGCAUGGACUUCCCGGUAGUGUAGGAAGAGAGAGGAGGCGCCUGCAUCGGCAAGGUUCGUCGAUGAACGUCUGUGUGGGGGGCGGCACCGCGAGACUGCAUGCGGGAUGAGCUCAGCGCGUCUCUCCAGCAGAUGUGAGAGCGUGGGCGGGAGCGAGUACAUUCUUCAAGGCUGUGAUGUAAAGUUUAAAAAGACGUUGUGCUGUAUCUUGCUCCUGUUCCACGUCUGCUGAGGACAGAGUGAUUGCGGAGAAGCUCCCACGUUGGGAUCCGGUGAUAACAUGAGAUAGAGUAGCAAGGGGCGUCGAGCAUGCUACCUGUAUACGUGGACCGUGACGAAUAAUUGUCACGUGUAAAGUCGAGCCUAGUGCAAGAGAACGUCGGUAUAGCAUUGUAAAUUUGUAUAGUACUGAACAGAGUUAAUCGCGUUUGCGAACACAAAAUCGAUCUCCUUUUUCGGCACUGGUCUGUGAAUAGAAACAUUUUCUCGAGUCGUGUUGUCUUCCAGCGUUUGAAUGUCGUCGAUAAUUAAUUUGCGCCGUUUUUAAUCUCGUUUCAUUUUUACGUUGGUGGUCACCGUGCUUGCAGCAGCUGCUAGCCACCGUACAUUUGUUGCUGUGUCGAGGUGAUUGGACUGCGUUCGCGCACAGCUCUGUGUUUCGCCAAGAUUCCAACUGUUUAUCAUCGCUUGUUUGUAACCUGUGCACAUAACUCGUCGGAUAAGCUCUCGAUAGCACUUUUGCCACAUUUGGGCACUUUAGCUCUUGCCGUGAACUGGUUUGAUUCAGCGGUGACAGGAAAUGAAUGAAGGGCUGUGUUUUCGAUUUGUCGGUACAUUUCAACUUUUUAGCAAGUAGAUCCGAUCAACAAAUCCAACAAUUGCUUUCGUGGUGUGUGGGGUGAUAUACUUUUUUGCUUGACUAUUAUGAGUGUGUGUCGUUAGUGCAAAGCUGACUUCAACCAAAACUUGUUAAAUGUGUGACGUACGGCACUUUCGUAAGUCCCCGUACGUUCGUUGUUAUCGUUUGCUGUAAGUUUUCUCGCUGAAAAUGUUCGUAUCUCGCAGGCCACUGUUCUCUUUUCUCGUCCUGUGGUUUAACGCGAGUGAUCGCGUAAGUGAGCGCUGAGGCGCCACCGUGCAGUCUCCACCUUCCAACAACUCGUAGGCGGUUGCUGGCUGUAGCCACGCGUGCAAAGAUGGCGAAUAUACCCCAUGCCAGGCUUGCCACCCGUCGCCUUGGCAAAUGAAGUGAAUGGUAGAAAGUGAGCCCCGGUGUGAUCUCUUACCGGCUGUAAGGAGCCGGUAUGUUUCAUAGGCAAUCAUUUGGUCGGUUGGUCGGUGUUCACAGCCCAGGGUGUCUAGAACGUGGGGUAGUAGAAGUCGGAUAGCGGGAAGGCCAGCGAUGUAACUGACGUCGCAUAAUGCGACCAGGAACAGGAGGAAGAGGAGGAGGAGGGAUGAAGAGGAGGAGGAGGAGGAAGAAGAGGAGUGUGGCAAGUAUCGCGGCAUACGAUGCAGAGAGGGGUGUAGAGUGGCGUGACGUGUACACGUAGGCUCGUGCCCGUGCUGUGAAAGAACGUGGUAAUGUAGAGAGAGGCCACGGUAUAUAGCGAUACUGACUGGAUAUAACAUCGAUGAGGAUGGCUUCGGAUGGUGUGGACGUGGGUCGUGGACGCGGUGGAGGGAGGAGGAGGAGGAGGAGGGCCUGAAGUCAUGCAGGUGUGGCUGUAGUCCUGUGGGAUGAUAGUAGAGAAGAGGAGGCCAGCGGAUGAUGCAACGUUGAUGGGUUGUUGAUAGGUACUAGAGAAUGGCCGUGUAUGGCUGUAUUUGUGACUCUAUUGUGACUUCGUGUGAGCGGUGAGAAGGAAGAAAGGAGCCUCUUGUGUUGCUAGUGCGUGCAGGAUGGUGAUAGUGAAGGAGGGUUUCUUGCUUUCUGCCGCCGCGGGGGUAUCAUCAGCGCGUGACAGCACGCACGCGUCAGUUGUUGUGAUGCUGCCUAGCUUUUAUACGGAGGCGAUGCUAAUACCAGAUUGCUUUAUGGAAUUUAGUUGUACUAUUGUUGUAAAAGUUUACUUGAUUAUGGAAUAAAUUGCUAUAUUUUGAUAUUAAAAAACA